AUGGGCUCUGACAAAGCGAAACCGGCUUACUGCGAGGAUGUGGACGAUUCCAGUGGGAGGGCCGUACGAGAUACGCGGCGAACUGCUGCUGUCAAACCCAAGGUAUCCUAUCAAGAGGAUAAAGACCGUGACCGAGAGAGGGAAAAGGAACGAGAGAAGCGGAGGAGCAGCAACAAGCAUAGGAGUUCGAAGUCGCAUAGCGAUGCGCAAUAUCCCGCCGAACAGAGCACCAGCGCUGCGCAACAUGUCGAGAUCAUGACGAAGGAUUUGAAACUUGAACGUCGGAAGUCCUCCAGCAGCAGUACGAAAUCACCUCGUAAGUCCAACAGACCACCGUCUGCACACGAGAAUCGAGGGUUCGCAAAGAGUGCUAUUCCCAGCAGUUCCAAAGUUGACCCGAGCCAUUUCGGAAUCGCUGCUGUGUCGCAACCCAUUCCUUUACGUCCUCGAGCACACACGUCGCAGACAUACCCACGACCACAGAGCUUUCAUGCUGCGCAGACUCCGUCUGGAAACCGAGGCCCUCCGCUGUCAUCGUCGGCAUAUUAUCAACAACCAGUAAUCACACCAUCAUAUCCACCUCCCUCGCCCGUAUCCUCAUACAUGCAAUAUGCCGAUCCCCAAUACAACACUCCACGUCAAAUUACAGCCCCUCCUCAACCUCAGUAUACGUCAACAUACCAAUACCCUGCACCGCAGCAGUAUUUACAUCAAUACACUAUGUCCGCCCAACCACAGUACCUUAUGCCACAAUCCCAAGGGCAAGCUGAUUACUUUGCGCCAAAGGCAACCGUGCGCCCCCUUUCAGCAAGGUUCGGCGGCGGUGACAUCCCUCGGUCGCAAACUGCAUUCGAGCCAGUCGUAAGAACGUCGUCUGCAUUUGGAAGCCGAGAUACAAGAUCCCCUCGUGUCUAUAGCGAUUACGAUACUGGAUACUAUGAUGAUGGGUACACCUCAGCUGCGGAUGGAGCUACCAUACGGAAAUCUGAGAAGAGGAAUAGCAUACGAGUUCCUGUCUCCACGUCAACCAUGAGCAAGGCAGAGGCAGAUUCCAGAGCCAUGCCUCCCCCACGUCGUCCCAGCAUUCUUCGUCGCACUUCGGUAUACAAUUCUGAUCCUAUAUCAGAUCCUGGGCCAGGCGAUUACUAUGAGCGAGAAACACGACCAGAAUAUCGCGAGGAGGUACGACCUCGACGGCCAAGUGUCAAUCGCCACUCGGUGUCUUAUGAUUUAGGCAAUGUCAGGAUUGAAUCAGCAAAUAGCGGUCGACGGAGACAGAGCUCUUAUGAGCACCCAUCUUCUGCUGGUGCUUCGGAUGCUUACGAUUCCAAGCGCGGGUACGAAAGCAAGUUGCAGGAAGCCGCUCAAUAUCAAGGAGCACCACCAGGAUCCUCAUAUGAAGCAAAGCUCAACUCAGCCGCUUCUUACCAAGAUGAUGUUGGGGGAGGUCCUACAGUACCGCUUACAGCCGAAGUUCUCCGACGACAACAAAGAAAACAAGGUGGCAGUAGCCGAAGCACCAAGAGCAGCGCAAGUCGAGACGAAAGCGACUACAAGAAGUCGGCAACAACACGUACCACGAGAAGUGGCAGCGGAGACAAUGAUGAGAACGUGACCCUGAAAGUCACAGGACAAACACGAGUAAUGGUCGGCGGAAUGCAAAUCGAUUGCUCCGAUGGAGGAGAGAUCUCCAUCCAACGGCAGAAAAGCCUCCGAAACGGCAGCGAGCGCUCCAACUCGGAAUAUGGCGGUGGACGAAUUGAAGAUCGUCAGAGCCGCGUUAGUCGCCCAUCAGGACGAUCGAGGAUGUCUUCGCAAUCAGGCGAGUCAUGGACUCGCACACCACAGUAUCCCAAGGAUUACCGGGACGGCAACUUCAUUUGA